GCGGGUUGGCGGUGCCGGUGCCGGUGCAAGAGGAUAUUGCAUUGCACCACUACUUAAUUGCUGCGAUUCCGUGUAUUCUCGGCGCAGUUUAUAGAGGAAAACCCACACACAUUCGCACAGGAUUUCAAUUCUGUUCGCUGCCUUCUAAUCAAUCUCACGCGUGCCUAUCAAGCUUAAGCAACGCGCGGCAAUGGCGUACAAGUUUUGAGCCUACUCUGACCCCUUCUCCUUCUUCCACAUUUUCCUAUUUAUACAAGGCUGCUUUUGCUUAUUGAUCUCUACCGAGUUUGGGUCGUCUGGAUAUUUACUCUACACCGGCAGAUUAUUCUUUCGUGCCCAGAUUUGUGUGUCUAUUGCUCUAGCUACGCAAACAUAUGUUGGGUGAGAGGAAAAAAGCUUGUCCUUCAGCUGUUGUUUGAAUGGUGCUUGCUGAUUCAAGGUUAGGAUCACACAGCGUAUAGUCUGGAAGUCUGAUUUACCCCUAUUACGGAUAACAUAAAUUUUUCGUGUUGUGUGCCUUGAAUUUCUCUGAAGAAAGCCAUUUUGGGGACGUCGGUUGAGCUGUAUAUAUACACUUCAGGUGAUGACCAUUGUUUGGAUGUCAUAUGUCAUUCUUCCUGGGUAAAGAGAUGUGUCAAGGUUGCCAAUAUAGUGGAGAAAGAUGAAACUCGUUGCUCUUUUUACCUCUGCUGGGAUAAAUAUUGGCGUCUGUGCAGUGCUUCUUUCACUUUAUUCGAUAUUAAGAAAACAGCCUGGCAAUGUUAAUGUAUACUUUGGACGGAGGCUGGCCUCUAAACGGUCAAGACGCACUGAUCUCUGCUUGGAAAGAUUCGUUCCUUCCCCUAGCUGGAUAUUGAAAGCAUGGCAUACAACUGAAGAUGAAUUAUUGGCUGUUGGUGGCUUGGAUGCUGUCGUUUUUGUCAGGAUAGUUGUAUUCAGUCUUCGAGUAUUUUCUGUUGCGGCUAUCAUCUGCACUUGUCUAGUGCUACCAGUAAAUUACUAUGGUCAGGACAGAGAGCAUGAGGAUCUUUCUUUUGAGCCACUGGAAGUAUUUUCCAUUGAGAAUGUUAAAGAAGGCUCGAGAUGGCUCUGGGCUCAUUGUCUGGCAUUAUAUAUCAUAACUAUCGCUGCUUGCGCUCUUAGUUAUUUUGAAUUUAAGGCCAUUACUAAUUUGAGGCUAGUGCAUAUUAUUGGGUCACCUCCAAAUCCAAGUCACUUUGCAAUUGUUGUGCGAGGAAUUCCAUGGUCUCCAGAAGUCUCGUACUAUGAAACUGUGAGAAAAUUUUUCUCGAAUUAUCACGAAUCAACAUAUUUGUCGCACCAAAUGAUAUAUAAGUCUGGUACUGUGGAGAAACUGAAGGAUGAUGCGGAGCUGAUGUAUAAAUCAAUAAAGGGUAAUUCAUUUGAUCAGAGCUGUAAGCCACAUCUUACUCAAUGCUUCUGUGGAGGGCCUAGAAAUUCCUUCAAGAUGAUUUCUAAUGAGAUAAGCAGCAUACAUGGGAGAACAGCCUAUAAUGACGUGAAUUUGGAUGAAAGAAAAAAGGAGUGUGCAGCUGCUUUUGUGUUCUUUAAAACUCGGUAUGCUGCUCUUGUGGCUUCACGAAUUCUUCAAACAUCAAAUCCAAUGUUGUGGGUGACUGACCAAGCUCCCGAGCCACAUGAUAUUUACUGGUCAAACCUUUGCAUACCUUAUGGGCAACUCUGGAUCCGUAAGAUAGCAAUACUCGUGGCUUCUGUUGUCUUCAUGCUUGUGUUCCUUAUUCCCGUCACAUUCGUGCAAGGCAUGACUCAACUGGAUCAUCUUCAGGAAUCGCUCCCUUUUCUUAAAGGGAUACUUAAAAAGAAAUAUGUGAGCCAGAUAGUAACUGGAUACCUACCAAGUGUGAUUUUGAUUUUGUUUCUGUAUACUGUUCCUCCAACGAUGAUGCAAUUCUCAGCAAUCGAGGGAUCCAUUUCCCGUAGCAGAAGGAAGAAGAGUGCAUGUUACAAAGUUUUGUUCUUCUUGAUUUGGAACGUGUUUUUUGUUAAUGUUUUCACUGGCUCUGUUAUCAGCCAACUCUCAAUCUUUAACAGGAUAACGAACCUACCUGAGCAACUUGCUAAAGAAGUGCCAGCACAGGCUACCUUCUUCAUAACCUAUGUUUUAUCAUCUGGUUGGGCAAGUUUGGCAACUGAACUUAUCCAAAUUUUUCCUCUCUUCUGGAUUUCGUUCCAGAGAUAUAUACUCAGAUGUAAGGAUGAUUCGCUCAUGGCCCCCCCAUCUUUUCCAUACCAUACUGAAACUCCAAGGAUUUUGCUGUUUGCAUUCCUCGGGUUCACCUGUUCUAUUCUAGCACCCCUAAUAGCACCCUUCUUACUGGUUUACUUCUUCCUUGGUUACCUUGUUUACAAAAACCAGCUUGUCAAUGUGUAUGUUACAAAAUACGAUAGUGGCGGAGAGUUUUGGCCCAUUGCUCAUAACACAACGGUGUUUGCAUUGAUCUUCACUCAAAUAGUUGCUCUUGGGGUGUUUGGCAUGAAACGCUCACCGGUUGCAUCUGGAUUUACUAUUCCACUGCUGAUUCUUACUAUUCUAUUUCACGAGUAUUGUAGGCAGCGAUUUCUCCCAAUAUUUAAGAACAAUUCAGCGCAGAUUCUUAUUGACAUGGAUAGGAGAGAUGAGCAUGAUGGAAAGAUGGAAGAAAUUUAUGAUCAGUUGCACGCAGCAUACUGCCAGUUUGCUCCGCCGACGACUGACCCUGAUUUUUCCAGUAAUGCCCCUAGCCAGGACUUGGAGGGGUCAAAUCGGGUCUCAGAAAUCUCGGAGACAGGCAAUCCACAGCCAAAACGAUGAAUUAUGGCCAGUUCCAGCCAGAGCAAUUUCAGUAAUUACGGGAAUCAAUGAAGUAUUUUGUUUUUUGGUUUUCCGCUUUUACAUGCCGGGAGUUGCUGGGAUAUGGCCCGCUAAGGCGGGGGCAUCAAGUCAUCAGUACUCAGCCUUCCAUCGGUCAUGGUAAAUACCAUCUAAAUGAGCUUGCACACUAGUGAAAGGAAAAAAAGCGUGAAUUAGAUUUUGCCUCUUAGGUUUGUAGAUUUCAGAAUGUAAAAAUUCCUUCACUGUAAAUAUUAUUCACUAUAGUAUAGAGGGAGGCUGCUCCAUGUUAUGUCAGGUAAAUGAAGGGCCUUAAGCUCAACACAGGCAACAAAUUCAAGUUAUACCGUCGUGGCUCUUCGUUUUUUCAUUCUUCAUUCUUGGUCAACCAUUUUUUUAGUUAUAUCGUGUGGGUGUGAGAAUUUUAUUUGUACGAAUCGAAUUAUUUAAUUUUAACAAAUAUGAUGUAAUCUCUCUAAAA